CUGCCAGCUGCUAUGGCUGUGGACUGUUGCCUGUUAAUGCACAGUCCGUCUGCAUAACGGUCAGUCGUUGUCGAUCUGUUUGCGUACCUAUGUUUGCCUACCCCAACGUGUUAAAAAGUUUUACUAUAAAAAAAGGAAAAAACUACCAAUGCUUUUUUCUAUAAUGCCACUCAUUAGAGCGUUUACUUAGCAGUUAAUUACCGUUUGUUACGCAGUCAUGCUUUAUCUAAAAAUCAUAGCCAUACCGUGUUUGGUUUUGUCCAACGAAUUUGUUCACUCGACUCGUUCAACGACCGAUUUAAAUAUCCACCCCGAGCAUGUACCUUAUGUAUUGUUCUCAGAAAUCUCGCAGACGACAAUCGACAAACCUACAAGCCGAUGUUGGGGAUAUGAACGUAACUGUAGCAGACAACGGCGAUAUUCAGAACCCGAUUGUCCUGGUUCGCAAACCGGCUGGGCACCAACAAAAAUCGAACAAAUCGACACAUUCUUCAAUCAAGGAGAUUUCGGUUACGUUAAGCAACAGAGAGAUGAACUCACUUACAUGUGUGAACCUACCAAUCCAGAUGAUUCAUCAUUGGAGUGUACAAAUCAUUUAAAAUUUUGUCGAGGUCAUAAUAUUAAGAUUGACUUCAAGAACUUAUUAAAUCAAGAUCGACCCUUUCGUUAUCAAAUGGAUGUACUAAGUGAUGGACAAAUAGGUGGAAAGUGCAAAUUUUACAAAGAAAAACUUCAUGCUCAAUGUGAUCAUCUAAGCCCAUUACAGUCUUGGAGUCCUGAAUUAAGAUUCUUUUCAACUAUUAACGAUUAUCCUGGAAAAUGUGAUUUAGUUUUUACUAAACCGACAAUUAUCAUGAAGAUUGAUGCAACUGUUAAUAUGUAUCAUCACUUCUGCGACUUCUUGAAUUUAUAUGCUUCUCAACAUGUAAAUUCCACUGGUCCUGACAUGUUCUCAAAAGAUGUACACAUAUUAAUUUGGGAAUCAUUUCCAUACGAGUCUGCAUUCAGCGAUACAUUCAAAGUAUUUACUAAGCAUCCAAUAUGGAAUUUAAACACAUUUAGAGGACAAGUUGUUUGUUUUAACAAUAUUAUUUUACCUUUGUUACCUCGGAUGAUUUUUGGCUUAUACUAUAAUACACCGUUGAUAGAGGGCUGCGAAAGGAGCGGAUUGUUUAAAUCAUUUUCUCAACAUAUGUUACAUCGUUUAAGCAUAAGUCAGACUUCUAAAAGUUUUGAAAAAAUAAAAAUCACAUUCCUAUCUCGAAAUACAAGGUACAGAAAUGUUUUAAACGAAAAUGAAUUAAUUUCGGCAUUAAGAAAUAACACUGAUUAUGAUGUUAAAAAGGUCAUUUAUAAUGGAAAUUAUUUGAGUUUCACGGAGCAAGUACGCACAACUCACAAUUCUGACAUCUUUAUUGGCAUGCAUGGUGCAGGAUUAACACACUUGUUAUUUUUACCAGAUUGGGCAGUAUUGUUUGAAUUAUAUAACUGCGAAGACGAGCACUGUUAUAAAGAUUUAGCUCGGCUCAGAGGCAUAAAAUACUUGACUUGGCAAGAUAUUGAAAAACUCCACAUGGAAGAUAAGAGCACAUUUCCUGACAAUGGCGCACAUGCAAAAUUUACAAAUUAUUCGUUUGAUAAAAAUGAAUUUUUACGACUUGUAGCUGAAGCAGCGGAACAUGUCAAAAAGCACAAACACGGUUAUGGUCCUAAAUCACAUGAUGAACUAUAAAAGGAAAUCAUGGUGCUUAACAUUAUUAACCUAUACAAUGAAAAUACUUAAAUUUAAUGUUAAGCUACACGUUUUUUAUUUUUUAUUGUUAAUUGUCACUUUUUUAUUUGUUUUUAAUAAAAUUUGUUUUUUUUUU